CAAAAAUGGAGGAACGGACUGGCUGCCAUGUUCUAGACUUGAUUUCAAGAUCUUAUUAGUUGCUUUGAAAGCAGUCUCCGGUUUUUUUCUGUAUUGUUUCACUAACCUUUGGAAACCUUCCUGCUUCCUUACUGCUCCUCAAGCAGAGACCUGUUGGUGGUCCCAGAAAGCAGACUGACAUCUGAAGGAGAGAAAGAGGUUCUGGAAUUAUUUGUUCAUGGAAAUCAGGUUAGCUGAUUCAGUUCUUUCCUUCAAGUCUCUUCCCCAAACCGAGUUUUAUUAGAACGCGUUACUGAGUCCUGACUCACUUCUUCUUCUUCUUCUUGUUAGCUCAUUUUUAUGCUGCUGGUUUUACACCGUGUGUUAGGUUAAAAUCAUCCUUGUGUCGUGUUACGUUGUUGGUCUGUCUGAUGAGUCAAGUCUUGCUGUAAGCCCCGCCCCCUACCCACUGACAUUUGUUCUAUAAAGAAAAAAAGCAAACAGAUGAGAGUCCACGUUACAACACAGAGGGGCAAACAGGUCAGUGCCGACCAAAAUAGUAGAAGAGGUGACCAUAUGAACAUGUUUCGUACAGAAACGUGAUGUUUCAGCAGCAAGACGAUGACCUGAAGCUGCUCCGUGAGGGGUUCAUUAGUCCAGACAUGCAGUGACUCUGCAGAGUCAACCUGAUGAUGGAGCUUCAGGCAGGCACACCCUUUCUAUCGUUACCAUGGAAACACUGCAUCCGCCUGACUCUGCUGCUUGUUCAGCUGAGUUUACCUGAAGUCAGAGCUUCCUGUCAUAUUCUGAGGUGCAACUCUGACUUCGUGGCUGCGAAGGGGGACCUGGGUGGCAGCAACGGUGGCGGCGGCGCAGCAGGUGCAGCUCUCAGGGAGACGGUGAACGCUGGUUACUGCAGCGCCCUGCGCUCCUAUGCCAUGUGCACUAAGAAGAUGGCACGGGCAUGUCGAGGUGACCUCGUCUACCACUCUGCAGUUCAGGGCAUCGAAGACCUGCUGAUCCAGUACCGCUGCCCCCGAGCAGGGCCCACGGCCAAGCCCCGGCCCCUGCCUCAGGGCACGCUGUCAGGUGACAGCUGCCUCUAUGAGAGGAGCUACUUCAGCAGGGAGGGACGGACGCCAGAGUACCUGCACUGUAGUGUGUUUGGAGACCCGCACGUUCGAACUUUCAAUAAUGACUUCCAGACGUGCACGGUGCAGGGGGCGUGGCCUCUCAUUGACAAUGAGUACUUGUAUGUCCAGGCCACCAGCUCACCAACACGAGGUGGGACGUACCCCACAGUGCUCACCAAGAUCACCAUCAUCUUUAAGAACUGGCGUCAGUGUAUCGACCAGCAGCUGUACCAGGCGGAGCUGGACAACGUUCCUGCUGCGUUCGCUGACGGCUCGGUGUGGAGCGGCGAACGUCGAGGUCACCGCAGCCUGACGGUGCAAAGUCAGAGUCCCGGCCGGCAGGCGGAGAUCCGAGCGGCUCACAUCGGCACGCUGCUGGUGGUGCGUCAGACCGGCCGCUCACUUGGCCUGUCGGUGCUCUCACCGCGUGGCGUCGUUGAGGCCUUCGGCCCGGAGCAGGACCUGCAGCUCUGCGUGUGGGGCUGCCCCGCCUCCCAGAGGAUCAACACGCUGCUCCCCCCACAGAUAGACCCCUUCACUCCUGCAGCCGUCAACGCGGAAGCGCACUGUGCCGCGUUGCUUCCUGCACAAGACGUCUACUACCAGGCCUGCGUGUUUGACCUGAUCACCAGCGGAGACCUGAACUCCAGCAUGGCCGCAAUAAGUGCACUGCAGGACGCACAAAACAUGAUUUCUGAUGGGGGCGGGGUCCACCUGACACCUGUCGCUGCUGCAGGUCGAACGCUUCCACACCUAAGGCUGCUGCUGUUGCUGCUGGGCAUGCUGGGAACAAUGGGCGGAGCCUGAAGCAGCAGGAAGUAACAUAAAGCUUUUUAUAGGAUGGAAUGAGAGCAACAGCUGUUAACUCUUAAAACUCCCCUGGAUCUCUGGCAUCCCCAAGUUCCAGCUCUUCUACCAUCACCAGUUUCUCAGGAGCGGUAGUGUGUAGCUCUGUGGGGUAAACUGUGAUGAUAGCCUGUCCCCUCCAGAAGGUUUACAAUCCAGCCACUAAAUGUAGUGUU